AUGUAAUAUUGCCCUGCAGUUGGUAGUCUUUAGUCCCCUCACUGUGUGGAGUUCCCCCUUUGUUUUGCCAGGUCACGGUGACAUCACAAGGUUGGUGGGCGUGGCUAGCAGAGUGGAAGAGUCUGGCAAGUUCCAAAGGGCUGAUACUAAUAGGAAUACAUUGGACGUAGAGGGUGGACUAAGGAGGAGUGGGGAUUUCCAGGCUGGCUGUAUAAAUAAAGCUGGGACUGCUCUCAGCCGUCAGUCACAGAAUAACAAACUUCUGCGCAGUCGUUCUGCUCAUUGUUUUGUUCCUAACUGCGACAUCGCCGCCUAUACGGUGCCCAAGGUGCCACCAUGCCAGUCACCGUGAAAGCCUAUCUGCUGGGCAAGGAUGAGAGUCACAGGGAGAUCCGCCGCUUCCAGCUGGAGCUGCCGGCUGCCGGCAAAGAGAAGGCGUCCGUGUCCAGCUGCGAGCUGCUAGCUAACAAGGUGACUGGCGUGUUCCAGGGCCUCAAAGGGGGAGCCUUCCAGAUGUUCUACAAAGAUGAAGAAGGGGAUCUGGUUGCAUUUUCCACUGAUGAGGAACUUCAUAUGGGCCUUUCCCUGCUGAAUGAAGAUGUAUUUCGCAUCUACAUUAAAGAGAGAAAAGAGUGCAAACGUGACCAUCGUGGACACUGCGGGCAGGAAACCCCACAAAACGUAGUUCAUCCGAACGUGACCUGUGAUGGAUGUGAUGGGCCUGUGGUGGGAAACAGGUUCAAGUGCCUCAUCUGCCCAGAUUAUGAUCUGUGCAGCACUUGUGAGAAAAAAGGAAUCCACAAGGAACACAACAUGAUCAUGUUCCCUACCCCACUGUCUGUUUUUCAGGUCUAUCCGCGCAGCCGUUGGUUCCGUAAAAUGCAUCAUGGAGUCCCUCCCUUCCCAUGGAUGCAGGGCUGGGCCUAUCCACCCAGAGGAUACCCCUGCCAAAAUUUUCAGCAGGCCCAGGAAAGCACCCCUCCUCAGAAUGAAACCCCAGCAGAGGAAGCUGCAGCCACCAGUGACUCCCAGUCUUCUCAGAAUCCCAAUGUUGCCUUCCUGAAGAAUGUCGGAGAGAGUGUGGCUGCAAUGCUGAGCCCCCUGGGCAUUGACGUGGACAUUGAUGUUGAGCAUGGCGGAAAAAGGACCAAAGUUUCAACUUCACACCCCUGUUCUGUGGAUGGGGACUCGCAGCCAAACAGCUCCACUUCCUUUACAGAAAGCCAGGAUAUCGCCAGCAGAUCUGACUCGGCACCUAAUCUCAUGGAAACUGAGCACAUCGCAAAAAGAAUGAAAGAUAUUGCACUGAAUUCGCCUCUUCCACAAGACAAUGAACAAGGGGAAAAUAGCAGCAGUGCUUCAGGGGGUGAUGAUGACUGGACCCAUGUCUCAUCCAAAGAAGUUGAUCCCUCCACUGGUGAACUUCAGUCCCUUCAGCUUAUGGAGACAGGCCAGCCGUGUUCCUUAGAUCCAACCAGAUCUUCUGCUCUGCCCACACAUGCACCUACAGGGCUUAGAGAAGCUGCUCUUUAUCCACACCUCCCACCAGAAGCAGAUCCUCGCCUCAUAGAAUCUCUCUCUCAGAUGCUUUCCAUGGGCUUCACAGAUGAGGGAGGAUGGCUCACUCGGCUCCUGGAGGCAAAACAGUUCGAUAUUGGGUCUGCUCUGGAUGCCAUGCAGUCUAUACGCCACAUUCCUCCCUCCUAAGCAAGACUUUGAGUUCAGCCAUUCUGUUGUUCCCUUUCUGUCCUUAUUUGUAUUAUCUGUUUGUUAGUGUAACCUGAUUUCACACACUGUUGGUACAAGAGAGUCAAGUCCUUUUUUCUUAUUGAAGUUAAAUAAAAUUUUCUUUGUCUGCUCUAAAGCAUUCAUUUAUUCAAUUCAUAACUUCUAUGAGUUUCUGCUUCUACAGUGUCAGUUAAACAAAGGAUACUGUAACCAGCAAAUAUUUCUGUGCACUGAGUUCAGUCACACUUUAUGGUUAUGGUUACAGGGGAUGGUAAAAGAAGUUUUUAUCCUGGUAAUAAGCAUAAAAUCAAGGGAAAUGUCUUUUCAGACUGUGCUAUUCCUGUACUCAAAGUAACAAAAAUAAAACUUAUCCAGUGCACUUAAAAGUCA